GUGCUAUAUUGAAUGAGCUUGACUAGAAAAUCGUCGAGCUUGAUUUAGAAAAUGCAUGUGAGAACGUGACCUUUAUGCACAAAGAAAAACAGAUGAAAACAUGGUGUUUUCCAUUUGUACAAGUAACUUUCAAGUGGAGUUCUAUGGAUUCGUUGAUAAUUUUUUAAGAACAGCUUAGCAUAAACAUGAUUGGUGCAUCUGUACUUUUUAUAACGUUUAUUAUUAGUGAUAAACAAUAAAUCAACCGACAUGGAUACUGCAGAAAGUGAGAAACUUCAGGUGCUGGAAGCAGAUAUUGUCUAUCUGUUGAUGAAAAAGGGCUUUCCAAUAUCACGCAAUGUUCGAGCACUAUGGGUACUUCAACAUUUGGAUGCUGUGAUUUCAAUAGAAAAUCCUGAUAUACAUCAAACACAAGUGCCUGAACUAAAUGUUAUCUCUGUCAUUCCAAAAGAGAACAACAAUCAUUUAUGGAGCCCAGAAACCAGUCAUCUGUAUUUUUAUAAAGUAACAGCUUCAACAACAAUAUAUUUUCUCGCUCAUAAAUACAGAGUUGUUUUUAGUUUAGAUCUUAGUCCAUCCCUUGCCACAGUUGAUAUCCAGAAUGGAGAAAUAGUUAUUGAUGAAGUUUUUAUAGCAACAAAGCGAUGUCUUGAAGGCAUAACAAAACCUCUUGUAAUUCCUGGAAGUAAGAAAUUAAUUUAUCCAGAAAUUUAUGUAACUGUGAUAGUUCAUACACCAUUUUUUACCAAUCCAGCUCAACAAGUGUUAGUUCAAGGCUGGCUAGUCACAUUGGAUAAUGUUGCUAUGUUAAUGCAAAUUAUUGAAAAACAAUUGAAUUUAUUAGAAGAAAAGGUGGCUCAAGUUACGAGCUUAGUCAAUUUACAGUUAGAGACUUUACGAGCAGAAAGUGAGAAAUUGGUAGGUGGCCUGUUCGAGGAAGGUGGCACUAGCACUGGUAAAAAUAACACCAAUAAUAAUAUGUCUACGAUAGCCAUGGUUUCACCAGAAACUGGAUUUGUCAACAUGUUGCGUUAUGGCAUGUUAGCAUUGUCACUUUUACCUGAACACAGCUGUGCCAAUUUAGUUAUAGUUUCGGAUGGUAUUGUUGGGGUUGAUGAUGUUCAUGCUUUGGAUUCUGUGAUACAGCAAUUAAGAGCAGCAACGAUUGCAUGUAGUUUUUUACACGUCGGAAGCUCAUAUCACCCUCGCUGUGCAAAUGGGCUCGUGCCAUAUCCAGAUCUACUCAGAUUUUUAGCGAGUGCUACUUUAGGAAGUUAUAUGACAGUUUUUCCUUCAUCUGUUUUUAACGAAGAGAUAGAGUUGAAUACAUACCACCGAAAUUUGCUACGAUGGCAACUUUAUCGGACAGAACAGAAUGAAAUUGCAACGCUUGGUCCCAAUGCCUGGCGAACGAAAAACAAUUUGUUUUAUGGUCAUGAGCCGCCUCAGCUUCUUAGGAAAAAGCAGAUCGAUAACCAAGUGACAUGUACAUUGAAUAGUCUAUUGUGUUGUAGAUUGCGUGAAGGUUAUUUGAUCAAAAAGACAGCCAUACGUGACGGUAGUCUUGAAAUAUGCUUUGUACUUCCCUGGAAAACCCACGUUUCCGUGGAGUAUCUUGUGACGUGUCCAAGGUUUUCGAAAUCUUUAUCCGUUUGUAAUACUCUACAAUAUUCCAUAACGAUAGAAGCUCCUUAUGAAUUUUUGCACGACAUCACGUGUUUGUCGAAGAAACCGCUAAAAUCGCAGUACAGACAGAACAUGGUCUCGCGUUUUUGGAGCGCUCUGACUUCAUUGACUGAGGGCGAUACUAUGUUGGCGCAUUUCAGUUGGUUUCCAAGCAUGAAAUGGACUUGGUACAAUGUACCUGAUACUAUCAAGAGUGGUAUGCCGCUGUUUUAUAUGCCUAGUUCAUCAUCCAAUUCAAUCCAACUUAGUGAUGCAGCUUGUCCGCAAUUCGGUCAAAUCUGGCAACCAGUAGUCUCACUAGAACCGCAUCAGUGGCCUCGAUGGCUACAUUCUCAACGAGUCACCUUAAUUCUCAUUCACGAUAGACCUCUGUCGAAACACCUGCAUCAGGCAAACCAAAGUGGUCGCUUUCAAAGUGUACAGUACCGCCAAGCCGCAGCAGUGCUCUAUGGAAUGUUAAAAAACUGGGCGACUUUUGUACUCGUAGAAAAUCAUACGUAUGUGCAGUUUAUUCACCGAGAGCCAGAUAAACCACCGAUAUCUUUUUCACUUAUCAAUAUUAGCUGUAAAUCCCUAUGCGUCGUCCUUAAUGUAGCUUUCGCUGGAGGUACCGAGGGUUAUUUACGUCACAACGUCAUGUCUGAUUUAAUGGAAAAACUCUCGCAACUUGCUUUAGCGAGUCGACGUAUUGAGCAAAAGGAAAUUCCUUGUUGUAUAAUUAUGCAUAAAGCUUUGGAGAAAAUCCUUAUAAGAUAUGAGAGGAUGCCAAUAGAUCUAAGCACUGUUAUUUUUCCCGAUGGCUCCCAGAUUAUAGCUAGAAAUGCUGCGAUCGUUGGGGGUAGUCUUACUACCACUUUGAGUAGGUACUUAUAUCACGUCAGGUGGCUGUGGCUGCUCAAGAAACCUGCUCUGCAAACGGUUCCUGUAAUUAACUUACCAAGACUGAACGUUGCUGCUGUAGCUAGAAUUUUAUCUACUGUUACCAAGAUCCGUUUGGCAGAAGGUUUCAAUUUUGCGUAUUCCGCUGCUGGGAUUAUAAAUACUGUGAUGGAAGUACAAAUGCAAGGACCUGGUAGUAAUCAUAUAACGUAUCCGUGUAUAGUGCAAUAUAUUUCAUUUCCUCCUUAUGUUAUUGUGAGUCCUGGAGGACCAGAAAAAGAUAGUGGAUCUGAAGAAGAAACUGAUGGUACAAACGACGGUGAGAAUGUCGAAGAUACUGAAGCCAGUGGCGAUUUCCAAAUAGUCAUGGAAGUUUGGAUUGAGCCUCAGUGCGGACAAGUGUAUUCAACGAAUGCUAAAAAAUCUUCCUAUAUGCAUUCUUUAGAGUAUCAGCAAUUAUCAGACGCGAUAUCCAGGAUUGACAAAGAAUGCAUAAACGCGCUGCUGACGCUGGAGCAUCUGAGUCUCAUGUGCCAAGCGUCACCUCAAAAUAAGAACGCCGAUGGCACGAGUAACCAACCAGUACAACCGAAUAACAGCAGCGUCAGCAAUAAUAACAGUAUCAAUGUUAACGGUUUGAGCAAGGCAUCGAGACGACCAACGUAUGCGGACAUUGCAUCUGCAGCUGAGAAUCCCCUCAUCGAUGAUCGCAUUCGUCCGAUGCAAUUUGAAUUUGACGCUCUCGGCAUUCUACCCAAAUGCCAGCAAGCUGAGUUGCUUUUUUCCAUGUUUGUCGACGACUUCAACGAUAACGGAGAAAACAAUGCCAAUAGAAUACUGAUGGAAGGUCUUCUAAGUCACAUAAGAAAUAUACAUAAUCGAGAAUUGAUGUUGAGCACGGCAGAUUCUGACAGAUUCACCAAAAUGCUAGCUGCAAGGCCCAGAGAAGAGGGUGCUAAACCCUUAUUUUUAAACAACGAAUCAGAUAGCAGUAACAAGUCAACAGUGCUGUACCCUCGCUGGCGAUGUUUCGUCAAAGGUAUAAGCAUAACUCACGUGAUAGUAACUCUGAUACCAGCAGCAGAAACCGACGUGCACUUGAUGGUUCAUCCUGAAGAAGACGACGAAGCCUUACUCGAGGACGACGAGGAUAGGCAAGAAGAUCUUGCGACGCCAGUUUUUCAACAACUCGAAGAUUCGAGUGAGCAGCCAAACGGCGAAACAUCGGGAGAUGCAUCGCCUGUACCACGCAAUCGUGUUAGCACUGCGGAGAGCAGCGAUUUGUACUUCCUGAAAAAUUCAAUGGCGUUCAGCACACCGAAGUCAUCGGACAUUUGCGAGAAAGCAGCAGCGUCUAGCGAUGGGAACCCUCGUCGCGGCCUUGUACUGCCGAUUUACGUUUAUGAUUGCUCGCUGGCUUUGCUCAUAGAUGCGCUUAUCGAGAAGCUCGAGAGGCCGCGUUUUAAGGAUAUUUAUCGCGAUCAUACCUUCAAAUUCGGUGAGCAGUACAGCGAAGAGUUUGUGAAUCUCAAGUCCGGUGAUAAUACCAAACCUUCAUCGCCGGAGCCCAAGAGCGAGGACUCCGAUAAUAUCUCCGGUGAUCAACGAAAUCUCAUGGACCACUGCAAAGUUCUUAGUCUCGCUCACUGCCAUUCGUACGUCGUGGCAGCAUACAAAUCGUUAGUUUUACAACAACCACUUAGCUAUGGUGAUAUGGAUGCAGCGGUCGAACAAUGCGAGGAAUGUCUUAUAGAAAUCAAUAUAACGGACUACUUGAGAGCAGUAUGUAAGCAUCUUCACGCACAGACUGGCGAAGAAGAAGCAAGUUGCAGCGAAAUGCGUAAUAUUCACAAUCUCAUCAAAGAUAAGUUCAAAAAAAUCAUCAAUGUCGCCUUCAAACAAGUGCCCGUUCAUCCCGACUUUUACUUCUGCUUGCCUUCGUGGAAAUCUGAGAAAAUGAUUGACGCGGCUUCUCAAACAUCUUCUGAUAGCGACGACGAAAUUCGUUUUACUUUCAAUUCUGGUGUAGUUAAUGGCAAAGUUAAUUCAUUGAAAAAAUUAAAUCAGAUCAGCACACACACGUGGCCAAGUAAUGUUCUCCACGAACGAUCCAAAAUUUCCGAAAGCUCAGAUUCUAAUGAUUCCUUCGUUAGUGAUUUGCAAAUGGAUUCUGACAAUGGAAAGGAGCAACCUUUGUUUCUUCAACUCAAUUGUUCUUUACAUUCCAAAUCUAGCUUCUCUAGUACUUCUGUUAAACUUUUACCAACUUGUUUUACCGAGAUCACCGAAAAGCUCGAAGAUUAUCAUUUGAAAGAUGCCGCGGCUUCCAAUUUCAAAAUAACUCUCGAUAUUAUUUGCUUGAAUCUACCGAAAGACGUAUUAGAGGUUAGUAUUGACAACACACCAGGUGGUUUGAGAACAACGUCAUAUUGUAGCGAAGGUAGUGCACGUAACGUUUCGGAAAACAGCGAAGGAACUAGCAAUUUCGAUCGUCUACAAUCAUUCGAAGCAGAGCAAAUACUCGAAACCAUGGCCAAUCUACCCACUCAUCAGUAUGCCGCAGUUUCAAAUUUAGUGGAAGAAAUUAAUUGGUUGCUGAAAGACGAAACUGCUACGGUAUUGUUAGACCAACCCUUGCCUACCGAAGGAAAUCUGAACUUCGUUGCAAAACACGUUGAGGAAUCUAAUAACAGAAGCAGUUGCUAUUUAGACAAAGUACCUCUACAUUUUGUCUUUCCGUCAGAAAAUAGUCUUCCAAGGUUCAUCGAAGAGUUGAAGAAAUUGAAUAUUGAUCGAUAUUUCAUUGAGCAAGAAGGUAGCUGGUUUUAUUUUGCUAAAAAUGCAACUAACGAGCAAGAUAUGGUUUCUGAAGAAAACGUUGACACGUUGUCGGAAAAAGAUAAUUAUGUUAAGCAGCUCAAUCCUUCCGCAAAUAGCAGUACUGUUUUUGAUGUAAACGAUUUGCCAACACAAGCGUCAAUACGAAUAAAGAAACAGGAUUCAGGAGAUCCACCCGGAUAUCACUCGGAAAUAUCGAGUAUAGGAGACAAUCAAAUCGGUACUGACGACGGAUACGAAGGUGAUAGCAGUAAUUCCGAGGAAGAAUGUCAAUGGUUAGUCGACCUUGACCGUCGUAGGGAAGUGCUACCUAAUUUUUGGCUAAUAAUGCGCGUCGAGAAAAGCCACGUGAAUGUCUACUUUCACUGCCGGUUUCUCGAACUCACUUCGCCGGAAGUUGAUAGAUACCUACAGAUACAAAAGAAUGCCGUGUCACAAGUCAAGGCUAUUUGUCGAACAGUUAAUCAGUAUCUGCUUCUCCGUGAUUUGCAUGAUAAGCGCAUCUGUGAGCCACUACUUGAACCCGAGUCAAUUGAAGAUCAUACGUGGAAGAAUGCAGAUAAUAGCGUUGACCCAACAACUUCUACUGCGCUGAAUGCUAACACAGUAAUUUUUAAAGAAAACUCAAACAUCGUGCCAGGAAUGUUCCGAUGCCCAGUCGUAUGCGAAGUGUCUUUCUGCUUACACCAUCGGCUGAAAACUGGCCCCGGCAAGACAGGCUUAUCCCGAGGUAUCAAAGCCUUACAAGCAGUACUCAAUCGCUUUUGUGUAAACAAUCGUAGCAACAUGUUCGUCUAUCAGGAGAGCAAUGGUAACGUAUUCUAUUUGCGGUUACACGAGCGAACCAGCGACGAUCGACCAUUGCAGAAUAACAAACUUUCGGAAAGCGAUGAAAAAUUGAUGGUAUCGCGAAGUAGCAGUAUUGCUUCGUUGUCACAAGUCAAGAGUCUUGGUAUUUCAAUGGAUCAGACCUCUGUCUCGUCUAUCUCUGCAGAUCUCAGGCCGAGAGUACGCUCUUUUGGCGAAAGGGAAUCGGACCUUUUAAACAAGUCCGGAGAUUUAAUUGUUCUCAUGGUACAUGGUAUAUCAGAAGCCGGACCUGAGGUCAAAUGUGAAUUAGUGCAAGUCCUUCAAAAUCGACUAGACGAUGCAGUUCUCGAAGUACUCUCAGUGAUGUUGGCGAGAAAUCCAAUGUGCAAGCUCACACCUUCGGAUGUGCAUUUUAUUCAGCGGCCGUACCGCCCACCUGAAAACAUCAUCCGAUUGUCUGUGCAAGAGCGAUAUUUGUACCAUAUGACUGCUUUUGGCUACUACCUCCGACAAAAUAUCCUACAAUUCCUUUACACGCCAAAGUAUACGGAUACUAUAAGAGCGCAUUCACAUUUUCAAGAUUACUCGCAGUCUGAUGGCUCUAGCAAACGAGUUCCCGAGAGUGAUAUAUAUUUAUACAAUCAAAGUCACUCAAGUGGAAGUCGAGGAAUAGCUUGUAUAGCGAUCGCUAUCGUCAAUGAAAGAAGUGAUAACAUUGCUAAGGAAAAUGAGAAUGUCUCGAUACUUUCUAAUUGUCCCGAUAUUAGUGAAUUUGAAAAAAUUGUUGAGACCAAAGUUUUUUGGGGACAAACACGAGCUGAUAAAUCUGAUGUGGCCGUAAAAGCAUUUGUCGAGUUUCGAAUAUGGAAACAAGGACGAGUGAAUUUGGAAACUCUAGUACAAAAACUCAAAGCUGCAGUUAGACACGCAAAUUGGGAUCUUGUAACCGAGUACGCGUUUCUACCAACUCCACUUACAGAACCACUGAAUUCCGAUGAUGAAUGCUACGACGAUACCGUCCAAAGAAAUGAAGAAAUGAGCAGUUACGAAUUAGGCGAGAAAGGAAAGUUAGGCAAAGUAUAUCACACGAUUUUGCCAUACUGGUUUCAGUUCGCCUUAGAUCUUUCGGCGCCCGCUGUUAAAAAACACGUGGUCACACUGGAAAGAAGACACUCGUUACCAGUGAUUCUCAAAGAAUUGCAAAAUUUAGUUCAUGGUCAUGCACUCGAUACAACGACACGUACUUUUGUACAAUGGAGUCGACAGCCUUUCCUCGACAUUGGUGCAACCCAAGAUGAACUGCUUAUGAUCAACAAAUUAACGGAAAAUAACGAAAACAGUUUUAAAUGGCUGUCGAAAGCUGCUGAAAUUGCUGACAAGGCUGGUGACUUACAAUUUUUGUCAUACGAUACUGCAAAAGAUAAUCAAGGGAUGUUUGUUAGGAGUAUUUUAUUAGCUCGAAAUUUUAAUCAAUGGAAAGCUUCUUUCAACUAUAAAAUUGAAUCUGAAUGGCUUAUCCCAAAGGAUCAAAAACUACUACAGAAAUUCAAUCCAUUAAUUUUAGAAAAGACAUGCAUACCUCGUCAAAGGUUACUUUUAGCUAAAGUACAAAGUCAGCAUAUUAUCGUAUACAUGUAUAACUGGUCUAAGGAGCGUUCUGAAAAGUUAGUUAAACAAAUAAGUAGCUUAGGUCUGUGGUUGUCGUCGCGGUCUCAUCUCCAUUCUAGUAUAACAAUGCAAAAACUUGGAAUAUUCCAUCAUCAGCCGGCUCGAAAUUACGAACAGGAGGAACAGAGAAAUUCUCAGUACUACGCUCAAAUAACGGACAUGGAAAGUCUCGCCAAAUUCCCCAACACGGCGCAACCCGAUGGUAAAGAGUGGCAGAAGGUUAACAAUCGUGUACAAGGGAAAGGAGGUAUUUUACCGUGGAAUCAAUUAGUUGGACAAGUUAUGCGCGAUGCUAAACCGAGUGGUCAGUAUCCACCAAAUACAACCGACCCUGUCGUCAAAACUGCUUAUGACUUUCAAGAACUUCGGCACAAAGACAAAAAGUACAAAGAUGAUCUCAAUAAACUACACACAAUGUGGCAGAGUCGCAGCGCUGCACCAAAUAUUCCAAUAUCCUUAGCAACUCUCAAUACUUUCAAACAGUAUUCGCGACUCAUUCAUUACUGCUACACACCUCUGCUAUUUCUACCGUCGUGGAGAUUACAGUCGGCAGCUACAAGGGAUCAUUCCUUGGUACCAUCACCAUUUCAUUUAACUCCUCAGCAGCAAAGAUCGAGAACGACUAGUGAUGCAUCUAAUAAGAAAAUGGUUACUGAAUGGCACAAGCAAUUAUGUGAAUCUAUGCUGUCAGAGUACAUGCAAUACCUUCAAGUGUUAGGAUUUAGUCCCGUUCUGAUCGAGUCGCAGCAAAAAAACGAAGAAGACGUUCUUAAUCAAGCUUACUAUCUGAAGAAGUCGAUGCUUGGUGGCGUACUACUAUUUGAAAUCAGUUUAGCUGAACCAUUCUUUGCCGUUAAGCUAAGAGUAAUUGAGUGCAGCCGAUUACAAGCCAAAUCAAGUAGUGCCUUAGUCAAUCAAUUUAUGUUAAGUUUCGUGGAUGCCUGUGAUGAGAUAAAAAUAAACAUGCACUUACAUUCCUUUACUUACGAUUUCCACUUGAGAUGUAUUCAUUCGUACAUCGCUGGAAAUAGCCAAUGGGCGCUCAAACAUGGCUAUCACUUGACCAACUUUUUGGAUGAUUUUAAUAAGUAUUAUAGCAAAGCGCCUAAUUACGCUAGAAACCUAAUUUAUAGUGGCGACGUGACUGUAAGUAAUUUAAUAACACCGGCGCAUACUCUCUACCAAUACCUACUGUCCCAUGAAAAGACGUACAAUAUGCAAGUGUUCUCGAUGUCUGACGAUCCAGAUGAUACUCAAAACAGCGAGUACGUUCUUGUAAAACUUCAAAGUACUCCUUCAGUGAGUUACCACGAUGCUCAAGAUACAAAAUAUAUCGACGACUUUGACAUCGCUCUCAUCGUCACGUGGCUCGAUCAAUUCGCACAACCUGACAGUCGAGAAAUUACUCUCAAAUACUACCUCAUGCUCACGAGUAAACGCGAAUUGUACCCAAAGCGACAGGUUGAAAGCAACAACAAAAUCGGCAAAUUCCGUACGGUUUACAGUGUCGUUAAGUCAAUGGCAGGUUCGCAGGCUGAUACUCCUUCCGAGUAUAGCCCUGUUUCUACAAUCUCGCCUUAUCUAACCCGGCAACCUAGAAACGAACUCAUUUCUUACCCCAGUGAUCUACAAACACAGGACACAAACGUAAAAGAAUCCCUAGGUUCUCAUAGAGAACGCGUAGAGCGUGAUUCUGACGAGACCAACAACCAAGAACCGAGCAAUAUGGCCCCAACACCACCUCCGGUACCAGACAGUCCCCUCGUUCUCAAUGCUCCCUCGACGUCGACAACCAACCUAACGCAAAUACGUCAAGAAUCUAUUAAUUAUCUUGGUUACUACUCGUCACACGAGCAACUGAUGCAGCAGCUCAUAAUGUCUCAAGCUAGUGCUGCCCAACAGCACAUCCGCAAGAUGAUCGAGCAAGGAGCUUUGCACUGCCGUACUCAUCUGCUCUGGAAUCGUCUUCUUGAGACCAAAUCGAGCUUGAACUACGUCGAAUUCUCAGAGCUUUGUGCUCUUGCCUGCGUAGAGCCGCUGUCCAAACUAGACCCAAGGUUGAGCUUAUUCUGCAAUCAACCAGUCGGUUGGUACCAGAACCUUGCCAAACUCUUACAAAACAAGUAUCAGGAAUAUCACAAGCAGUUCAAUGCACCAGAUGGUAACGUUACGCAUCAUCUCAUUCUGCAUCCAAACUACGUUCAAGCAUUUAUGAUGCUUACGAUCGAUCUGCAUACCUCCAGAGGUGAAUUGUUCGCGGUAUACAGAAAGACUGAAGAAAUAGUCAGUACACCGUUUACUAUGGGAGAUAUUUAUAGUUUGAUAGAAGAUUUCGUUAACGCUUGUUGUUUUCAUCUCUGGUUGGGACUUUACUCAUGAAUUUUCAGCUAUAUUUUUUAAAUUUGGAAAAAAAGAAAAAAAUA